AUGGUUGAAGAAUUCCUUGACCCUCAGCCGUCACCUCUUCCGCAGCUACAACAGCAACAACGACCUUUCCGAGAGUCUUGUCAAAAUUGUGCAGACUCUAAGGUUCGAUGCAGUAAAAACAAACCUACUUGUGCACGUUGUGCCCGUCGAGGAACGCCGUGUGUCUAUCAACAAUCCAGGCGUGCUGGAAGAAAGGUCACGUCUAACGUACACGCCAAACAAACUCGUCGUGCUGCUACCGAAACCCUCAAUGAGAACCCCCCCGCGGACACAUGGGCGGGCAAUGUCGACAAUAAUAGUUCACUGCGAUCUUCGCCAGGAUCCGAGACCAUCUCAACUGUUGUCAUUUCCCAAGGAGCCUCCACUGACAGCCAAGCACUUUCGGAGAGCUCAUCAGCCUUGGGCUCUGUUCCUGAUCGUUCUGGCCCAACAGAGUGGUCUUCCAAUGAGCUCUUCAAAGCCCUUUGCACUGAGUCGGCCCCGCUCUUAUGUGGAGAUGAUCUUGGUUCUGUUCCACACAUCGCACAAGACUCGUUUACUUUGGACGAUCAAUUUUGGGCUCUGGGUAAUGCAAGUGACGGGACGAUCUUCGAUGAUCCAACGCUAGCGUUUCUCGGCUUGCCAUCCCCAAGGCCUGAAGCUGCAGAAAAUAGCCUAGUGGCUGCUUACCGCUUUGGAGAAACAACUUCGUCCAUCUCAACUUGUAGCGAUGGCUGUCCCGCAGUCAUUUCUCGGUUAUUAUCAGAGUUGUUCGUAUCCUGUGGCACAACAUGCGAACGCAACCAGACGCAAAGCGCAGAGCAUCAAAGCCAAUCUUUGGUUGAUAUCAUUGCUAGGAAUAAAAGAAUAUCAGAGGCUAUGGAUGCUAUGGUGGAAUGCACAUGCGGCCAAGACGUCCACAUGUUGUUCCUUGUUGGCCUAUGCACCUCGAAAGUCAUGUCGUACUAUCUCGAAGCUACGCGACUUGAGUAUCUUAAGAGUACCCAAAAGCCUGGCGACUCAUUCAACACUAAUGAGGAUGAACAUACUCGACCAGAAGAGGAAGAUGACGACGUUGAAGCCAAGAUAAUGUCAGCCCGCAUGGUUCUUGGCGAGCUUCAUCGCAUCCAGCGACUCUUGGCCCGUCUAUCCGAUCGCCUAAAACAGACAGAGCCAAGAAGUGAUCUGCUCAAUGGUUCUGCUGAUUUAGGAGAUUCAUCGAGAAACGAAUUAGAAACUCCAUUCACUCGUUCAAUGCUCGAGCAGCUUGAUUACAGCUUGCGAGCUCAUCUUCGCUACGUGUUUACAUGCAUGUCGCGCGUGGCUCAGCGUGCAUGA